UAAUAAAAAAAAAAAACACUCCCAAUAAAAAAAAAGAUAAUUUUCCUGCAUUCGUUCACUUGCUCGCUUCCCGAAAAGGAGAGUUUUGUGAUAAUAAUCGUCAUCCUGGACGGUCACAGGAAUCACGUCGCUCAAAUCCUGCUUACAAAAAUCUUCUCUCAAAAUAAUAUUCAAUUUAAUCUUCCAAAGUUUUACCAUAUUUUACAUAAUUUUUAUGUUCCAAAAAUAUGCAGUGUUUUUGUGUGUGUUCCAGAGAUCAUUUUAAUUGAAUAGUGUGGAAAUGGUGAAUGAGAAAAAAUAAAAAAAAUUCAUAUAGGUUCACGAAUCUUUGAACCAGAAAGCACCACAAAAUAAAAAAAAAAUAAAAAAAAAACCAUCGCCCUUCUCUUCCAGUUUUUUAUUAUUCGUUUCUUCAUUUCGAUUUUUAUACUAUUUUAAGUUUUUAAUUUUUGUAUUUUAUUUCGUGGAAAAUUGUUCCCCUUUUUUUGUAAAAUGUAUUUUGUAUUUUUGAAAUAAAAUUAAAUAUUUGUAUUGUUGUUGCAUUUUCGUUUACAAAGAAGGCGCGAGAAGAAAGUGAACAGAAGGACGCUUUUUGAUUAAAGUGAUUAAACACAAAAAAGAAAAAUACUCGAAAAGAACGCGAACAGCGACAACGUCGACGAUAGCGACCAUAGGAACCGACAAAAUAAUAAUAUAUUCUCCCUUUUGCGAGAAUUCUAAAUCGUUGAAUGUUGUAUGUGGAUGUUGUUCCACUGGCACUCAACACAUACAGGUGGUGUAUGCUUCAAGUGCAUCUCUAUUCUAUGUGAAUUCAUUGUAAAAUUGCUUCUCCCCUCUUCUUUUGUGUGUCUGUUGUCUCUCCCUAAACAAAAGUAAAAAUACAAUCAACAAUGGCAAUGGCAAAUGAUUUAUGGCGCGAGUGUGUCGCCUGGUUAACUCGUUGUAAGAUUCUUCCUGUGGAUCACAAAGCCAAUUGGCCAGUAUCUGAGAUACGAGUAUUGGCUUUGACCCUACGCGAUGGUGUACUUUUGUGCAAUCUUAUCCUGUUUUUGGAUCCAACUUGUAUGGAUAAAGGCGAUUUUAAUCGCAAACCACAAAUGGCACAGUUCCUUUGUUGUAAGAACAUAAAACUCUUCCUAGAUGUAUGCAAAAACCACUUUGGCAUCCGUGAGUCGGAUUUAUUUGAACCGACAAUGCUCUAUGAUUUGACUAAUUUUCAUCGAGUGCUCAUCACAUUGUCAAAGCUAUCGCACUGCCGUAAAGUACAACAACUUCAUCCGGACAUUGAAGGAUUUAACAUUCAACUGUCGCACACGGAGAGAAGUCAUUCGGAUGAGGCCAUCUACAAGGACCUGCAUUCAACUGAAAGAAAAACUAAUGGCACCACCGAGGCGGUAACAUCAUCGUCAUCCACGUCGACAACAACAACAACAACUGAACCAGAGCCUCCAAACGAAACAGAAAACCAUCAACAUGAACUUGACGCCCGUAGUAGUUCACUUUCUGUAGAAGAUGACAACAGUGACAUUACCGUCGAGGCGGGCAAUGAUACAUGCUUCGAAGAUGACAGUUCCUCGUUGAAUGGUCAAUCGAGUGUUGUUGGAUCGGUGGCGUCUAUAAAUUCUUCAUCGUCGAGCAUCAAUAGCCGGCUACAUAGUGCGGCUGCAAAGGCGACAAUAUGGACAUAUACAACACACGCUGGUGGGGGAGUUGACGUCAACGAUAUUUACUUUGAUGAAGAGGAAAAAGUUUACGAGGACUUAUGCUAUGUCACGUUCUCGUCUAAUUUACGCGAGCUGACGACAAGCUUUGAACAACGUGAUUAUGUUAUACGAGAACUGAUUGACACCGAGUCAAACUAUUUAGAUGUACUAAACGCACUCAAGUACAAAUUUAUGGUACCAAUGGAAAAAUAUCUAGCAGUGGAGGAUAUCAAAACGAUAUUUCCAAGAAUUAGGGACUUGGCAGAAAUCCAUAGUAAAUUCUUGGAUAAACUUCGCGAAGCAGUGUUGCCAAAUACUAAAUUAAAACUAAGUCAAGUGUUUUUAGAUUUUCGGGAGCCAUUUCUAAUAUAUGGCGAGUAUUGUUCGAAUCUUAUAAAUGGCAUUGAUGCACUGGGUGAUAUUUGUAAACGAAAUAGUCUGAUUGAGCAGUUGGUUCAGCAAUGUGAAAAAGAGUAUAAUGUUGGGAAGUUGCAACUUCGAGAUAUUCUCUCAGUUCCAAUGCAGCGAAUAUUGAAAUAUCAUUUACUUCUGGAUAAACUAGUCAAAGAAACUUCUCCUGUACACGAAGACUUUCGUGGUUUGGAGCGUGCCAAAGAAGCAAUGGUUGAUGUUGCUCAAUAUAUUAAUGAAGUCAAACGGGAUUCUGAUCAUUUAGUUAUUAUACAAAAAGUCAAGGACAGUAUAAUUGAUAUUCAAGGCCUUAAAGAUGGCAAUGAUUUGGCACAAUAUGGUCGACUCCUGCUGGACGGCGAGUUACACAUCAAAGCCCAUGAAGAUCAAAAGACUAAACUACGAUAUGCAUUUGUAUUUGAUAAGAUUUUAAUUUUAGUUAAGACACUUAGUUCAAAGACUGGUGAUACACAGUACACAUUUAAGGAUUCACAUAAUUUAGCUGAUUAUCGUGUUGAGCAAGGACAUUCGCGACGGACAUUAGGAAGAGAUACACGUUUUAAAUAUCAAUUGCUAUUGGCAAGGAAGUCACAAAAAACUGCAUUUACGUUAUACCUGAAAUCUGAACCGGAAAGAGAUAAAUGGAGGAAAGCACUUAGUGAAGCAAUGGAAAAUUUAGAUCCACCUGGAUGUCGAACUACGGAUCACAAAAUGGAAAUAACAACUUUCGAUGCACCUGUACAGUGUACACAUUGUUCGAAGUUUUUGAAAGGUCGAAUACAUCAAGGCUACAAGUGCAAAGUCUGUGAAAUUCCGGUGCACAAAGGCUGUAUCUCUUCAACAGGUCGUUGUAAACAAAAUCCUAUAAGUAUACCACCUCCGGUAUGUGAUCGACAAUUAGCUGAAUUUAAUUGGUUUGUUGGUACAAUGGAUCGAGAUACAGCUGCUUCAAGACUCGAAGGACGUAAAGUUGGCACAUAUUUGUUGCGAGUUAGGCCACAAGGUGCAUCAAAUUCUCAUGAAACUAUGUAUGCUGUCAGUUUAAAAACCGAUGACAAUGUGAUAAAACACAUGAAAAUCAAUCAAGGUACUGAUGGUGAUCAUGUUAUCUAUUGCCUCUCAACGAGGCGACAUUUUAAAACAAUUGUCGAAUUAGUCUCUUACUAUGAACGGAAUGAUUUGGGUGAAAAUUUUGCUGGUUUAAAUCAAUCACUUUUGUGGCCAUUUAGAGAAGUGAUUGCAACAGCAAUUUAUGAAUUCGAACCCAAAGGUACUAAUCAACUUCAACUCAAGCAGGGCUGUCAGGUUGUUGUGAUUGGCAAAGAUGGCGAUAGUAAAGGCUGGUGGAGAGGGCGAAUAGGCGAAACGGUUGGCUAUUUCCCUAAAGAAUAUGUAAAAGAACAUCCCACCACAACAGACGAUCUAUGAUAUUACAAUUAUUUUGUAUACAUUGAAUCUGACUUCAACCCAUCCUCUCUGCCUGCAUCGUCACUAGAUCUACGACGAUUCAGCAACUCAAGUAGCCACAAUAAUUAAAAAUAAUAAAAAUAUUUAUAUACAAAUUAAUUUAUCAAGUUCAAAUGUCUCUUAACGACAUCUAGCGGCCAGUUCCAAAACUAUCAUAUGAAACUAGCAAACAAAAACCUUUACUAAAAAAAAAAAUAAAACAAAACGAAAAUUUAAGCUUUAAAUGAAAGGCAUUAGCGCACGCGUCUAACGACACUAAAUUUGUUGAUAGAAAUAUUUUAAAAUUAUAUUAAACUAAAAAUGGGAAA